ACAUCAGUGAUGGAAGCCGCCCCCGCCAGGAGCCCACCCCCCAGGGGCGACCACCCGCAGCCCGUGUGGACCACGCGGAGGGGCUGCGACGUGUUACGCGACCCGGCUCUCAAUAAGAGCCUGGCUUUUACCUUGGAAGAGAGACAACAGCUGAAUAUUCAUGGAUUACUACCUCCCUGCUUUCUAAGUCAAGAAAUCCAAAUUUUAAGGGUUCUAACAAACUUUGAAAGACAAGCAUCUGAUCUGGACAGGUACAUUCUGCUAAUGGGCCUUCAGGAUAGAAAUGAAAAACUAUUCUAUAAAGUGCUGAUUUCUGACAUUGAAAGAUUUAUGCCUAUUGUUUAUACUCCCACUGUGGGUCUGGCAUGCCAACAAUAUGGUAUAGCAUUUCGGAGGCCAAGAGGACUCUUCAUCACCCCCCAUGAUCGAGGACAUGUUGCAACAUUGCUUAAAUCGUGGCCUGAAACUGUCAUCAAGGCUAUUGUGGUGACUGAUGGAGAACGUAUUCUUGGCCUUGGAGACCUCGGUUGUUAUGGAAUGGGCAUCCCAGUGGGUAAACUAGCACUUUACACAGCAUGUGGAGGAAUGAAGCCCCAGGAGUGUCUGCCCGUUAUGCUUGAUGUGGGAACUGACAAUGAGGAGUUGCUAAAAGAUCCUUUAUAUAUUGGGCUGAAACAUAAACGAGUCAGAGGCCAAGCUUAUGAUGACCUUCUAGAUGAAUUUAUGCAAGCUGUGACUUCCCGGUAUGGCAGAAACUGCCUCAUUCAGUUUGAGGAUUUUGCUAACAUAAAUGCAUUCCGUCUCCUGAAUAAGUAUCGCAAUCUGUACUGCACUUUCAAUGAUGACAUACAAGGAACAGCAUCUGUGGCUGUUGCUGGUCUUCUUGCUGCUCUCCGGAUCACUGACAGCAAACUGUCAGAUCACACAAUACUAUUCCAAGGAGCAGGAGAGGCAGCUCUGGGAAUAGCUAAUCUAAUUAUUAUGGCCAUGGAAAAGGAAGGGACAUGUAAAGAGGAAGCCAUCAAAAAGAUAUGGAUGGUUGAUUCCAAAGGGUUAAUUGUAAAGGGUCGUGCUUCACUAACACUGGAGAAACAACGGUUUGCCCAUCAACAUGAUGAGAUGACAAAUUUAGAAGACGUUGUUAACAAAAUAAGGCCCACAGCUCUUAUAGGAGUUGCUGCCAUUGGUGGUGCAUUUACAAAAAAGAUUAUCAAGGAUAUGGCUUCCUUCAACAAGCGGCCAAUUAUUUUUGCCCUCAGUAAUCCAACCAGCAAAGCCGAAUGCUCCGCUGAGGACUGCUACAAUCUCACUAAUGGACAAGGCAUUUUUGCAAGUGGAAGUCCUUUUGAUCAAGUCACCCUUCCAGAUGGACGCACAUUUUUUCCUGGUCAGGGUAACAAUGCCUAUGUGUUUCCGGGAGUUGCACUUGGUGUUGUUUCAUGUGGAAUAAGACAUAUUAGUGAAGAAAUUUUCCUUUCCACUGCAGAGGUUGUAUGUCAACAGGUUUCAAAGAAGCAUUUAGAACAGGGUCGAUUGUAUCCACCUUUAUCUUCAAUUCGAGAUGUCUCUCUGAGAAUUGCUGUAAAAAUUGCAGAGGAAGCGUACAGCAACAACACAGCCACUUUGUACCCUGAGCCAGAAGACAAGGAAGCAUUCAUCUGUUCCCAGAUUUAUAGCACUGAUUAUGAAAGCUUUCUGACAGACUCUUACACCUGGCCCAAAGAAGCCAUGAAAAUACAGACUGGAAACUUUUAACAGGAACAAUAUUGCAACGUUAGAAACACUCAGAUAUUUGCUAGUUUUGUUAAAUCAUAGCUCAGCUUUGUAAGAAAUCAGGAUAUAUUUGUCUUCCUUUUUAAUAGCACUGAAUGCUUUUGAAAACUAUGAAAUUUUGGUUAUAAAUGUUAUAGUUCUUCCAUUUUAAGCUAAUUAAUUAAGCUAAGAAUACAUAUGCAACAAAUUAAAAACAAAUAAUUUAGACACAGAUUUUUUAAAUA